UACGAGAAUUGGGUCAUUUUUCAAAAAUUGUCCCGAAUAAUCUUUCUGUUUUCUGAGAAGCUUACAAAUACGGUCGAAUGAUUUGUUGAACCGGAACGUUAAAAAUGGACUUUGUUGACGGAUCGCAUGCAACAAAACUUUGUCGGUAUUCUUUCAUUCCACUCGGCCGUAACUCGAAUGUACAGGUACGAGUAGGUUAGUUAGUAGUACCUGUUCCUUUGUAAGGCGAACGGGUCCUACCUACCUACGUAACGAGUUCUGGCCGUCGUCGAGAUGUUUGGAUAGAAGAAACACACCCCAAAAAACGGCCUCGUAGGCGAUGCGUCGAUCGAGAUGUCGUCGACGUUUACGUUUAACGUCACUGAUCGUCGCCGUCCCGAUCGUCGUCGUCGUUACGGUCAUGGUUACGACGAUGAAAGGUAACCGCGGAGACGAUCCUCGAGUGGACGAAGACGUGAUGAUCGUGCUGAGAAAUGAUAAGAGACAAAAAGAAUACAUAGACAAGCGUGGCAUUCACGUCAUCGUGGGGCACUACUUAGGAAAUUCCCUACCUUGGGAAAUUACGCCCAAUUUGACAAAAGAAAUGUUAAACGCAAAUAAUUACAACCCCAUUUGGUCGUUCGGUAGCCGAGGGCAACCCGUUUAUUUACCUCAGGUGGAUAAACAGAGAGAGAAAACACUUUUUCACAUUAAUAGAUUUAAUUUAAUGGUCAGCGAUGCCAUACCCGUUAACAGGACUCUACCGGACGUUCGGAAAGUCAGUUGCAGAGAGAAGAGAUAUUCGGGUUUGGAAUCCCAAGACGUUACCAUCGUCAUAGUCUUUCAUAACGAAGCAUGGUCGACCCUCCUGCGAACGGUGCACAGCAUCAUCAGCAGAUCUCCGAAGAGGCUGCUGAGAGAAAUCAUUUUAGUGGACGACGCCAGCGAAAGGAGUUUUCUCAANUUUGACGUCAAAAUAUAA